AUGUUGAACGAAAGUCUUACAAACCCAUUGUUCGGAAAAGGCAAGUGCAACAUUGUCAGAGCUGUAAACAUUCUUUUCGAGAAAGGUUUGUUGGAACCAAUUCCAGAUGACAAGCUGACAGAAACUUUUGUACCAAAAGACGAAACAAACUUUUCAUUGUUGGUAAGACCAAAAGUUGUUCAAGACAAAGUUCUAGCACAAAAGAAGUACACAGCUCCAAAAGGAGUUGGAUUGUUCGGAUACCAACCUGAACCAGAAGAACUUCCAAUGAGGUUGCAAGAACUUCAAGAUGCUAUAAACAAACUCCCAUUGAGACAUCCAAUCGACGUCAAAUUGUAUUGGAGAGCAUCAGAGUUAGGUCAGAAGGUUUUAUAUGAAACAGGUUGCUUCGACGAUGUUUAUGAGAUAACAGGAGAAGUUUCUCAGAAGAUAAGAGACUCGCUUGAAUUUCCAAAAACUGGACCGAUUGGAUGCGACAAGUUCGACUCAUAUGAAAAAAUAUACUAUGUUGACCUUAACGCUGCGUACAUGAGGUUCGUCCAAUAUAUUCCAACUGGAAUUCCAAACGAAGAUGGUGAGUUCCCAGGAAGGAACUAUACAGUUGGAAAAGUCAUACAACAACUGUAUGAUAUUAGGAAAGCUUCAAACCCCAAACUUGCAAUGACACUCAAAUUGCUUAUGAAUUCGACAUGGGGAUAUUCCAUAAAGAAACCUCAAGAGAUGAAGAGUAAACAUUAUGAGAAGGUCGACAACUUUGUUGAAAGGUUUUCUCCUUUUGUUUUGAAGUACGAAUUCACUCAAGGUCAAAGUGGCUUAGUAACCACAUUAAAACCUAUUGUCGAACAUUGGUCUUACCCUCAGUUCGCAAAAGCAGUCCUUGACGA